AUGGCGCCCUCGAUGCUCAAGAGCGCCCUGCUCAGCGCCCUCUGCGCCCUCAGCGCCGUCCAAGCUACCCUCACUGUCACCGAGACCUCCUCCCUCGUCACGCUCAAGAACAACCGCCUCACCGCGAUCGUCGGUAAGUCCAGCGGCGCCGUCAUAGACCUCACACUCGACGGGCGCGACCUUCUCGGCGCGCAGUCCGGGUCCACGGGGAUCCUGUACCUGGACUGCUACUGCAUCCCGAGCGGCUUCUACACGGUCGGGUCCACGACGCCGUCGAUCCAGGUCGUCAAUGGUACUGAUAGCACGGGCACGCGCUACGGCGGUGUCGUGCUCUCCGACACCUAUACGCCCACGGGCCAAUUCUUCCAGCAGUUUUGGUUCCUGCGCGACGGCGAGACGGGGCUGCACACGUUCACGCGCCUGUCGUACUUCAACGAGACCACACCGUUCCUGCGGAACUUGCAGGAGCUGCGGACGCUGUUCCGCCCGAAUGCGAACCUGGGCUUAUGGACGCAUCUGUCGACGAACGAGGAGCAGACGGCGCCGUUGCCGUCGAAGGCGGGAGUGGCGAAGCAGGUGGUGGUUCAGGACGCGACUUGGACGCUGGAGAAUACCCCGGAUGAUCCGUAUUAUAAGGAGUUUGCGGAGUACUUCACAAAGUACACGUUUUCGAGCGACUGGAGGCAGACAAUUGCCCACGGAAUGUAUGCGGACGGCAGCACAUCGAACGGUACCAGCUUUGGCGCGUGGCUGGUGAUGAACUCGAAGGACACCUACUUUGGCGGUCCUCUGCACUCCGAUCUCACAGUCGACGGCAUUGUCUAUAACUAUAUCGUCUCCAACCAUCACGGUGAGGGCACUCCAAACAUCACCAACGGCUUCGACCGCACCUUCGGCCCCCACUACUACCACUUCAACUCCGCCCCCGGUGCUAGUAUCGAAACUCUCCGCGCCGACGCCGAACAAUAUGCCUCUCCCACGUGGAACGCCGACUUCUACGACAGCAUCGCUUCCUACGUCCCCGGCUACGUGCCCAGUGCCGACCGCGGCGUCUUCGAGGGCACCUUCAAGCUCCCCGCUGGCGCAAAGCGGCCAAUCGCUGUGCUGAGCAAGUCCGGCAUCAACUUCCAGGACAACGCCGAGGACACCACGGCGUACCAGCUCACAGUCUACGCUGAUGGGGUGUUUGGCGACUACAUCAAGGACAAUGUCAAGGUGACCGCCGGGAAGACGACAAAGACCUCGGCGACAUGGAAGGAGGAGUCUGCGGGGACGGAGGUGUGGCGGUUGGGAACACCGGACAAGUCGUCCGGAGAGUUCAGACACGGAAACGCAAAGGACCUGACGCAUCCAAGGCAGCCGCGGGAGUACUGGGUCUAUUGGGGUGGCUAUGACUUCCCAACCGACUUCCCCAACGGCGUGAACUUCACCAUCGGGGAGAGUGACCUUGCAACAGACUUCAACACGGUGCAUUGGAGCGUCUUUGGGCCGACCCAUAACCGUGACAACAUCUAUAACCAGAACAUGAACAACUGGACCAUCAACUUCGACCUCACGGCCGCAGACCUCAAGAAGAAGAAGACUGCCACGCUGACCAUCCAGCUCGCAGGUGCCAAGACGGCUGCGGGAAACACGGAUAUCAAUUCUGCUACUGAGCCAUACGCAAACCUGCCGCUGACGACGUAUGUAAAUGGGCAGAGUGAGGGGCUACCGUUUGUCAUCCCGUACUAUCACAGCAGUAGCUGCAUCGUGAGAAGCGCGGUCAGCUGCUACCAGGUGGCGAAGAAGUUGACAUUUUCGACCGAGUGGCUGAAGGUUGGCAGUAAUAAGUUGGUGUUGAACUUGCCGUUUAAUGGGUCGGAUACGGAGACAGCGGUAUUACCGACGGCAUUGUAUGUGCAGUAUGAUGCGCUGAGGUUCGAGUUGUCGUAG